GCGAGACCCUUGGCCGGGUGCCUGCAUCUGGUUUUAGUUUCGGUUCUGCGCGCUUGCUGCAGCCAUGGCCGAAGCUGGGGAGGGAUGCGUAGGGGCUGGCAGCCUGAGGGCCGAGCUCACCUGCCCCAUCUGCCUGGAGCUGUACCGGGAGCCGAUGUCGCUGAGCUGCGGCCACAGCUUCUGCCGGCUGUGCAUUGAGGAGGCGCUGUACUCGCAGUGCCUCUGGACCUGCCCCACAUGCAUGGCCGACCUGGGUGUCACCCUGGAGCUACACAACAACUUCAAGCUGCGCAGCAUCGUGGAGGCAUUUAAGGCCACCACUUCCAAAGGACAACAGGCUCGAAGAGAAAGCCUCCAGCAGGACGAAGGCACCGAGAAGGGGAAAACAGACGUGGUUCCCUGUGAGCAGUGCCUGGAUGGACCCCAGCCAGCUGUGAAAACCUGCCUGAUUUGCGAGGUGUCCUUGUGCCAGGCCCACCUGAGCAAACACAACGCCAGGGAUUUCCAUCAAGAACAUGUCCUGGUGGAGGUGGGAGCAGGCAAGGCGGAGGAGAGGAGGUGCCGGCAUCACGGCAAGCUGCUGGAAUGCUACUGCCCGAGGGAGGAGGAGUGCAUCUGCGUGCUCUGCUCCAUGGCUGGGGCCCAUAAGGGCCACGAGGUCAUCACCCUGAAGGAGGGACACGACAAAGAGCUGGUUAAACUCUCCAGCACCAUGACAGACCUGCAGGAAUCUAAAAGUGAUUUAGUUACUGCCCUAGAAGAGCUUCAGGAAACCGAGAAUCAGAUCAAGAACGAUACCAAAACACUGACUUCUGACCUAAAACAGCUGUUUAAAAGUAUAAGGGCAGAGCUUGAUAAGAAACAGAGGAUGAUGCUGCGUGACAUUCAGUCUUAUGAGGAAGAAAACCUGGCAGUUGUCACCAACACAAGGAAGGAAAUGCAACAGAAGAGAGACCAGGCUGAGCAGAAUCUUCAGGCUUUGCAGAUGAUAAAAGAGCAACCAGAUAUUUUCCUCUUCUUCAAAGAUCUGAAAGAAGUCACAGACAGGAUUGCGAGUCUGGAUCUGGUCACUGAGGAUGUGAAGGUGGAGGCAGUGCAGCUGAAUGACAGGCUGAUGACCCAGUAUGAAACCCAGAAAAAGAAGUUUUUGUUGCAUCUGGACUAUCUGCUGAACGAUGUGCGCGAACAAUAUCGCCAAGGAAAUGAGGAGGAAGAGUGAGGCUUCACCUACUGAUACCUCUCUGGAAUGAAAGCAUUGUUGAGAAGGAGCAACAUACACACUUGUUUUAAUUUUGAUUCUCUUAGGUCCAGAUGUAACAGAGAUGUGAAAAACAGAUGUCAGAACUGAGAUGGAAAGAAAAACUUGAAUAUUAUCCAAAAUUAUCUCUAGUAAUGAGAACCUGCCACAUGUUUUGAUCUCCCCUCCUACCUUGAAUUCAAAUAAAUUCUGUAACACAUGAAAUUUUUUUUUGUAAGUACUAAGAAUUAACACAAACCUAAUAAAAUCUACUGCUGCUGCUGCAUUGCAAA